UAACUCCCACAAUAUUUAACAACAAAAAGAAAUAACUAUGAACAAAUCCACAGAUUAUCCUUCUUCUUCCUCCUCCCAAUUUACAGAUUUCUUCUCUUCCUCGUUUUCCGUUGCUUUGUCCUAAUGAUUCUACAAGCUUCGUCGUUCAAUAUCGCCGUUCCACUCUCCGGUUCUUCCACCGGACGUUCCCGUCACAGCCAUGUCGUUCGAGCUCAAGGGGAACCGUCCGACAAGUCGGUCGAAAUAAUGAGGAAAUUCUCGGAGCAGUAUGCUCGCAAGUCAGGAACGUAUUUCUGUGUGGACAAGGGGGUUACUGCUGUUGUAAUCAAGGGACUGGCAGAUCACAAAGAUACAUUGGGUGCACCACUCUGUCCCUGUCGGCAUUAUGACGACAAAGCUGCUGAGGUUGCACAAGGUUUUUGGAAUUGUCCAUGUGUUCCAAUGAGAGAAAGGAAAGAGUGUCACUGCAUGCUUUUCCUAACUCCUGAGAACGACUUUGCAGGCAACGACCAGGUGAUCACCAUGGAAGAUAUCAAGGCAACAACAGCAAACAUGUAACCUUCAAUUUCCACUUGUUAAUUUCAUUCACAGUACUUCAAACUGUGCUAUGAUGAUUGAAAGGGGUGGAAAUAUACAAGUAUAAUUAUGUAUGUAACACUACAUGCUGAUGAGAUCAUGAAUUGUUGUGCCAUAUCUGCCACUGACAAAUGAUCACAUUUCUUUUCCAUGGUAUUUGUAACAUGUAAGUUUUGACCCAACAAUAUUUGGUUUGGCUUAGUUUGGCUAGAACCAUACAUGGAUGGGUGUUUUGGGAGAGGAUCCAA